UUUUCUAAGGUGGCCCACCUGAUGGAUAGACCGGCUAGACUUUUGGGUCAUCUGGUAGAUAUGGUUGCCACUACACCAAAAAGGCCAUUCAAGAACGGGUACUUUUUUGGUUUUGAAACGGUUUAAAACCGUAUCAAAUGUGGAACUAUUUUAUUCCUUUCUAGAACCAACACAUGUGCCUAAUUCCAACCCCAAUCCUCUCAGUCCUAACCCUUCUGGCCCUCUCGCGAGAUCUCUCCCUUUCUCCCACUCCCCAUUCCUGACCCUCCCUCUCGAUCUCUCUCCCUCUUGAUGUAGGACUUUCGAGGAUCGAUUCGAAGGGAAAAUCCUUGGUGGAGAAGGAUCUAGGGUUCUUUGAGAGGAUCAAGUCUCGAUUUUUUUUAUCGGAAAAUCUCUAAAUUUAGGGUCUCCAGAGCCAAAGGGAGAUUCUUCCACACCGCUGAGGAUCGUCAAUGGAGAUAAUGCAACAGAUGUUGUCAAUGAUCCUCCAGGUGUUGUCGGAGUAGUUUGUCAAAGGGAUGGUGCGAAUCUAGGGUUUGCAGAGAGGAGUGCGAAGAGAUCCCAUGACUCAGAAGAAGAAUCUCCUGCUGCUGAGAAGGAUCUAGGGUUUUCAAAAUCGAAGGUGAAUUCUUCUGAAAAAUCCAUGGCUGCAGAGCUGCUGCAGGGAAUUGACAAUAUCUGUGAUGCUGAUGCCACUGUUUCGAAGGGAAAAUCUCCCGCGAAGGAGGAUCUAGGGUUUUCAACGUCAAAGGCAGAUUCUUUCGGACAAUCUACUGGUUCAGAGUUGCUGGAGAGAAUAAACAAUGUCGGGGACGCAGAUGCUGCCAUUUCAAAGGGAAAAUCUCUGGCAAAGAGAAAUCUAGUGUUGUCAAAAUUGAUGGGAGAUUCUUCCAUUGAAGUUGCAGCGAAAGAUUCAGAAAAUUUUCAAAAAUCCACAGCUGCAGCGUCACUGGAAGUUUCAAAGGAAAAAUCUCAGGCAGAAAGGAAUCCAGAGUUCUCAAAACUGUCAGGAGAUUCUUCAGCAAAAGUUGCAGCUAAAAUUCUGUUUUUGACAUUAAAUGGAAGACCUCUGGAUUUCUGUUGGAUCACAACAGUGGAGGUCUUCCCUUUAACUAUGGGUUUCUGUUGA